GGGCCCGCCGUCGCUCUGGUGUCGCCGCUGCCACCGUAGCUGCCGUUGCCGCCUCCCUGCCGGCAAGUGUGGGAAAGAGGAGCUGAGGGCCGCUGCCGCCGUAGCCGCCAUGGGGAGGAAGUCGAGCAAAGCAAAGGAGAAGAAGCAGAAGCGUUUGGAGGAGCGAGCAGCCAUGGAUGCCGUCUGUGCCAAAGUGGACGCAGCCAACAGGCUUGGAGACCCUUUGGAGGCUUUCCCAGUGUUCAAGAAAUAUGAUCGAAACGGGCUAAACGUCUCCAUCGAGUGUAAGCGAGUGUCCGGGCUGGAGCCAGCCACCGUGGACUGGGCCUUCGACCUGACCAAAACCAACAUGCAGACCAUGUAUGAGCAAAGCGAGUGGGGCUGGAAGGACCGAGAAAAACGGGAGGAAAUGACAGAUGACCGAGCCUGGUACCUCAUUGCUUGGGAGAACAGUUCGGUCCCUGUUGCCUUUUCUCACUUCCGGUUUGAUGUGGAGUGCGGGGAUGAAGUCCUGUACUGCUACGAAGUGCAGUUGGAAAGCAAGGUGCGGCGGAAAGGCCUGGGGAAGUUCCUCAUCCAGAUUCUGCAGCUCAUGGCCAAUAGCACACAGAUGAAGAAGGUUAUGCUAACGGUGUUUAAGCACAAUCACGGCGCCUACCAGUUCUUCAGAGAGGCCUUGCAAUUUGAAAUCGAUGACUCCUCCCCCAGCAUGUCCGGUUGCUGUGGGGAGGACUGCUCCUACGAGAUCCUGAGCCGGAGGACCAAGUUCGGGGACAGUCAGCAUUCCCAUGCGGGCGGGCACUGUGGCGGCUGCUGCCACUGAGCUCCCGAGCCAGAACCCUCUCUCCAAGGCCUGCCCUCUCCCCCGGUCUCACGCUGUUGCCAGGUGCCCUCGGAGCUGUGGCCUCCUCUGCCCCGCACGUGCCAGGCUGCCCACUGAGAGCGAGAGCCCGGGGUGGGGAGUGGUCUGAGCGGCCCCGCUCCUCUCUCCCAGAAGAGCAGAGUGCAAGGAGGGCGCGGGACGGAGCGGAUGCGGAGGGAAGAGCCGGGGGGCUGAGGCACAGAGUCGUCCUCACAGGGGGGCUGCCUCCUCGCUCCGCCCUUGCGCCCUUGAGCGUGAGAUUCCCCAGCUUCUCUGCAGCUGAAUUCUUGACAGCCCUUCCCUCCCUCCACACACACGUUUGGACAGGUAGAGUGUUUCUACCCACCUUUAUGAAAGUCCUGGAGCCCUGGGUCAGGGCCUGGCUGGUCCUCAAAGAGGAGCGGAUGUGGUGUCAGGUCUGGGCACAGAGAGGCUUCAGAGAGACCGUGCUUCGUGGACGGAACGCCCCGCUGGAGACCGUGGGAAGGCCUUUUGUGCUGCAGCACAGGGAAGCAAGGACGUUCCUUCUAGCUGUGCUUUUAUGGAUCCACAGUAAGAGCAGAGUCGUUCCAGGAGACCAGCCGACUCUGGGAAGAAGGCCACGUCCUUCUCUCUGUCGCUGUCAGUGAGAGAGGGGCCGAGAGGACCAGGAACAAGCUGUCGAGUGGGACUGCCAUGCUUGUUGGGGCUUUUGGACUUUGCUGCAUUCUAAGCCUCACCUUUUGGCCUCGUGGCAGUGGCUCAAGUUUUCCACUCACAGGAAAAAGCCAGAGGUCCUGCCCGUCCUCUCCGUCGCCCCCACUGCUCUCCUUUCGGCCUCUUACCACGAGCCUGGAUACCUCUGCUCUUACUCUCAAGGGGGAAAUAACACCAGGGAGUAAGUACCUCGUCUUCCCCCCGAAGGGCCUCUCCUUCCCGGCAGGGUCAGUGCCGGUUCCUCUCAUCUCUUGGUGCUGAUAGCUCUCUGCUGGUGGCGCGUCCCUCCCUCUUCAGAGAGCCCCCAGCCAGCAGCAGGCCCCUGGCCUGCACUCCCCAGCCUCGCCCCUCGCUGCCUCAGUGAGGCACUGGUGCCGCCGUCCUCGCUGGCAGCAGGAAUGCCCCGGGUGGCUGCAGCAGCUGCUCCUAUCUGGGACGCCCCUGUGGCAACAGGCUGGAGCCGGGCAGGGGGCGGCAUGGAGAGGGCUUUCCGCUCCCCUCACGGGAUAGAGAGGGUGUGGGGUCAGAGCUUGCACUCCCUGGCCUCUAGGCCUCAUUCCCCACUCCAGGGAAAAUACUGACCAAAUCCUCAUCCAGGAGAAAGCACCUACCACCUCCCCUUGGACAUCCUUGCGCUCUGCCUUAGGGAGUGUCUUAGAGUCCUAGCCUUUGUGAAGCUGCUGUCCUGGGGGUCUGGGGGUCUGGAGGUCCUUCGGACCUGAGUCCGCUCCACAGCCCGCCCUCUGCCCUGACUCGGGCGUCUGUGCUGACGGGUCUGCCCGGAGCUGUUCUUGCUUCUCCCCAGGUCCCUGCCUGUGCGGUCUGUGCACACGGCCGCCUCUACCCAGCCCCGCCCCUGCUGAGUGCUCUGCACUGCUCUUGACCCUGCCAGCUGUGGGCUGGGUCACUCCUUUGGAGAGGGCCCCGUGGCUUUACACUGGAACAAGCCCACCCGCGUCCUUGUCCUGCUAGCUCCCGAGGUGGGGCUUCAGCUUCUGGGAGGGCACUGGUGGGCUUCUGAGAAUAACGCACCGACAGAAGCAUGUUUAGCAAGAGUGUUUCCUCUGAUCCCUGUCUCUCAAAGAACACAGAAUGGUAAUUAUUUAUUGUCUUAGAUCAUGGAUUUUUGAUACCUCCCGCUCAAGGGGACCAAAAGGAACCCCAGUGUAAAUCCCACAUGAGGCGAGUUCAGUGUAUGUUGUCUCUAGUCACUGGACACCUGGCACUGAGGCCAUUGGUGGCCGCUGGGUCUAGCCUCUGCUCGUCCAGCCUCCACCGGCCGCUUCCCGAGGGGCUGCUGGGAAGGUCAGGGCUGGGGCGGGCGAGGCGCUGAGCCU